AGAGUUAGCGAAUAAGGCUACUGUAUACCUAUCUACAAAAAUGAUUAAAUCAGAUAUUUACAAACCAGACACGUUUCUGUAUUUCGCAUAUGCUGCUAAUUUAUUAAAGUUUCAAAUAAGAAUGCACAACCCAUCUGCAGAAUUUGUGUCUAUCGCGCGACUGGACAACUAUAGAUUGGACUUCCUCAAAUACUCACAGUUUUGGGGAGGUCCUGUGGGCACUCUAGUGCCCACGGCUAAUGCUCAUGUUUGGGGUGUCAUAUGGAGAUUACAUAAAGACGACCUUGAAAAUCUCGACAACCAAAAGGAUAUUGACACAAGAAAGUUUUAUGUAAAAUAUCUUGAAGUCCUCACCCCCUAUAUGGGAACGUUUCGGUGUCGGACGUAUAUUCAAAAAGUAAAUCCUCUGCCUAGAGGCAAUCGGGAUAUUAUUCCCGUAGAGCGGUGGCCGUCGUGGUCAUACAAACAGGUUAUUUUAAUGGGUGCCAGAGAACAUGGACUACCUAAUCACUACAUACGUUUCUUGAGAAAGUUAAAAGAUAACGGCGACGAAGGCUGCUUUAGAACCUCUUGCUUAUUAACGCGCUACGCAAAGGAUGUGCCUUGUGGCUGUAGGGUACCAGGAAAAAUACUUCGGAAACCGCUAAUGAUUGAUUUGAAGAGAAUCAGAGAGGAAAAGGAGCUUCCGAAAGUACAACCAAAACCUGUGCCAGUCAAAAAGCCUCCGAAAAAGAAAUUACAGUUUUAGAAACUUGUUCAUUCAAUAUAUUAAUAAAUCAGGAGAUUUUAAACAUCCAAACAAAGGAAAGGUGAUAAAGGAUGCAGGGUAUCAAAACUAUUUAUUACAAUUUUUUAUAACUUUUUUAUUAAUAUAAAUAUUAAAAUUAUUAAUAGGUA